AUGACAGAAUCACCAGCGUCAUCAUCCCUACAAACGCGUCUCACCACCACUUUCCCACAAACCGCUUCGCUCUCCAGACAAGACCUUGAAGCGCUAGCAUGUGACGAUUACCCUGCAUCCACAUUGCAGCAGCAGCAGCAGCAGCAGCAGCAGCAGACCGAAUCGAUUACCCCCAACCAAGCCUACUUCGAAGCGUUCAUUCACUCUCUCCCACAAACCCAAUCGCUUUACCGUGCGCAUGCCGAUCUUCUCCGCACCAAUGAGGCUAAAGCUUCGCGCAACUUGGAACGACAGGCCCCGCUUGAAUCACUCCGCUCAGAGACGCAACAGCUGUUUGACCGCGCAAAGGCGUUAGAAGCCGAGUGGGCGACGAAGGAGCUUCAGCUCAACGAAGCACAGAAGAGGUUCAACCCUUCCGCACUGCACUUCCACCUGACUCAGUCAGCGAGCCAGCUGAACGAUCGAUCGGAACAGCUAGCAAAUGCGUUUGUGGAAGGAUUGCCCUAUCCUCGGGACGACAGUGGUACGGCCGAGGAGGAGCUGGUGGACGAAGCGAGCUUUGUAAGGAGGUACAAGCAGCAGCGCUUGCUGUAUCACAAGAGAAGAUUUGUGGCGGAUAGGUGGGCGAGGAAUCAGGUGCAUUGGACUGACUAG